AACACGUUUGAUAAGAGUAUUGAGUACCACAUAUACUGACCAAGAUUUUUCCACAAACAAUUUGUCUGAAAAGUACUUACACCAAUGGGAUUAACUCCAUUGCCGUGUCUCUUGAGUUAUAUCAUCACUAAGUUUGAUCAAACGAAUCAUAUUGGCACCAUCAUGAACUAGAAAAUAAUGGAAUUCCUUUCUUUUCUGGUUACGUUUGUUGUUUUGAGACUCUCUCUAUCCAGAACAACGUUUGCUGCGGUUGAUACCAUUAGACCUUCAGAAUUUAUAAGACAUAACACAACUUUGGAAUCUAGAGAAGGACUUUUUGAACUGGGAUUCUUUACUCCAGGCAGUUCAAAGAAUCAUUAUCUGGGAAUUUGGUAUAAGAACAUCUCAGUUCAAACUGUAGUUUGGGUGGCAAACAGGUGUGAACCGAUCAACGAUUCAUCUGGCUCGUUGGCUAUAGACGACACAGGAAAUCUUGUGCUUUACGGAAAUAAUAAGAGGGUCGUUUGGUCUACGAACUCGUCAAAACAAGCCCGGCAACCACUGGUUCAGCUCUUGGAUAAUGGUAACUUGGUUUUGAGAGAUGAGAAAGAUGAGAAUACAGACAACUACUUGUGGGAAAGCUUUGAUUAUCCUACUGAUACGAUCCUCCCGGGAAUGAAGUUGGGAUGGGACUUGAGGAGAGGUCUCAAUAGGCGUUUAUCGUCAUGGAAGAGCUCCAAUGACCCCUGUGAUGGAGAUUUCACUUAUGGGAUUGAGCUUGAUGAAGCACACCAUACAUACGCUCAACUAUUUAUCCGUAACGGGUCUGCAAAAUUGUUCCGUGAAGGGCAAUGGCAUGCCAUAAGUUUCAGUGGAACUUCUAAUAACAAAUCAAUUCAUUGGCAUGAGUCUGACUACGAGUUUGUGCAGAACGAUGAUGAAGUUUACUUCACUUACAGCGUCAAAAACAAGUCAAAUAUCUCAAGAAUUGUCCUGAGCGAAAGAGUUGACUACAUGGAAUGGUUAAGAGAAAAACAAGUUUGGAGUUCUUAUUACACAAUUCCAGAUGAGCAGUGCGACCACUACGGCAUCUGUGGAGCUAAUUCACAGUGUAUCUUAAGUUAUACGAAUAAUAUAAACUGUCAAUGUUUAGAAGGUUUUAAGCCAAAGAAUCAAGAAAAUUGGGACGCUUUGGACUGGUCAGAAGGGUGUGUGAGAAACAGUUCUGUGAGCUGCGAUGAUAAGGAGAAAGAUGUGUUCCAUGUCUUUUCUAACUUGAAAGUGCCCGAUACUCAAUAUACUUGGGAAAACAAGAGUAUGAAUCUACAAGAAUGCAAGACUAAUUGCUUGAGCAAUUGCUCUUGUAUGGCUUUUAGCUUUGAAUACUCAAGUCUCAGUGAAGGCACUGACUGCGUCCUCUGGUUUGGAGAUCUGUUCGAUAUUCGACAACCUCCUCAUGGCGGACAAAAUAUAUAUAUUCGAAUACCCUUUUCAACAAUAGCAAGAACUGAUCGUAGUUCUAAGUUGAAGGUGGAGAGAGCAGUGAUAAUUACAGCUUCUGUUCUUGGAUUAGCUGGUGGGUUUAUUUUAAUUGGCUUUUACAUUCGCAGGUGGAGAUACACAAUCAAUGCCACUAAUAAUUUUUCUGGGAGAAGAGAAAGCCAAGAUGAAGAGUUGGAGCUUCCAUUGUUCGACCUACAUACAAUUAGUAUUGCCACUAAUAAUUUUUCAGAGAAUAAUAAGCUUGGAGAAGGUGGUUUUGGACCUGUAUACAAAGGCACAUUAGGAGGUCAAGAAAUUGCUGUAAAGAGACUAUCAAUGUGUUCUGGACAAGGAGUCAAUGAGUUCAAAAACGAAAUCAAUCUAAUUGCUAACCUUCAGCAUCGGAAUCUUGUAAAGAUUCUUGGUUAUUGCAUUUAUAGAGAGAUGAAACUAUUGAUUUAUGAGUACAUGUCCAACAAAAGCCUCGAUUAUUUCAUUUUUGAUGAAAGGCGAAGCGAACUAUUGGACUGGCCAAAGCGCUUCCAAAUUGUAUGUGGAAUUGCUAAGGGACUUCUCUAUCUUCAUCAUGAUUCUAGAUUGAGAAUUAUACAUAGAGAUCUCAAAGCUAGUAAUGUGUUACUAGAUGAAAAUAUGAAUCCCAAAAUUUCAGACUUUGGCUUGGCUAGAAGUUUUGGUGGAGACCAAAUAGAAGGAAACACAAACAAAGUAGUAGGAACUUAUGGUUAUAUGGCGCCAGAAUAUGCCUCUGAUGGCCUAUUCUCCACAAAAUCUGAUGUAUUUAGCUUUGGCACCUUGAUGCUAGAAAUCAUAAGUGGAAAGAAAACUAGAUGCAUUUACGAUGAAAAUAACGGUCUUAACCUCAUUGGAUUGGCAUGGACUUUGAUGAAGGAAGGCAACGAAUUCAAGCUUAUCGACAAGUGCUUAUUAAAAGAUUCAUACGACAACAUGGAAGAAGCAUUACGUUGCAUCCACAUUGGUCUCUUGUGUGUGCAACAAAAGCCUAUUGAUAGGCCUGAUAUAUCUUCUGUUAUUCUAAUGUUGAGUGGUGAAAAAGUGUUGCCUCAGCCAAAACCACCUGCCUAUUUCACUAACAAAGAUUUGUGGGAAGGAGAUGAUUCCUCCUCUACUAAGCCCCCAUCAUGCAAUACAAGCAUGACUACUGUCAAAGCGAGAUAAAAAUUUAUACAACAAAUCAGAGUUUCCCACGUAAUUUAUGAGAAUGUGGAUCAUUAUAAUUUAUGGUUAUUUCGUUUAAAAUUGCAAUGAUGAUUAGAAUUAUUAGUCUAUAUGAAAAUUCAGAUAUAAUUGAAUGAUUUUUUGAUACGAUA